GCAUGCCACGGGCCUGUUGGCUGUAGGGUUGCAUGUAUUUGAGAUGCUGCUGCAGGACCACCCCACUGUAGACGUCAACAUGACGGGAUAUAAAUCUAUUUAUACCAGAAAGGCCCUGAACGAGUCCUAUGUUAAUAACCCGACUCCGAUCCCGUUCAGCCGUGUGCCCUUGCAGUUUGCCGUGGAGAUCCAGCCAGCUCUAUCCAACUGUCUCCCUGGCUACAUACGGCCACAGUUCUGGACUCCGACACCUUCACAUGGGGAUGUCCAUCAUGCCGCUGUGGGUCACCUGUACCAGCUCGAAGCCCGAGUAAAAACAGCCCAUGCCAAGAUAUUUGACUUCCAGGUCAGCGGCCCUUCCAACAUGACCAAGAAGAUCCAGGAUGAGGGCUUUGGUGUCACGAGGCUCUUCCUGGGCUGGAUCCCGCAGGAAAGACACCUGAAACAAAACAUUCCCAUCUGCUUCACUGCCGAGACAAACGUGAGCCAAUCAGAGAUGAGAUGUGUGGUUGUGGUGGUGGUCAAAGCCCUCACACUUACAGGUGAGGCGAAUGUUUUGUGCACAGCGAAUAGGAUCAGCAUCGCCGUGAGCAAGGCCUAUCUGCCUGAGGUGGACAGGAAGUGGCUGCGGCUAGCCGACUCAUCCUGCUCCCUAACCUCCAACCAAACACACAUCAUGGGUACCAUGUCACUCAACACCUGUGGCACAAAGAUGGAGGAUGCAGGUGAUUUCAUGGUGUUCAAAAACGAAAUAAACUCCUUCGACGCAGCCAACGCCACCAUCACACGACGUAACCGGAUCAACAUCGGCUUCUCCUGCCGGUACCCCAAAACUGUCAGCAUUUCCAACUAUUACCAGAUCCACAGCUCCAACUACAUGUUCACAGAGUCCAACUUUGGUAACUUCGGCUACACCUUUGAUGUCUUCAAGGACAGUAAGUUCAGCCAGAAGGUGGAUCCCAGUGCUUACCCAGUGAAGGUGAAGCUAAUGGACAGAGUGUACAUGGGCAUCCAGGCCCAGUCCGAUCUGCCCAAGGUACAGCUGUUGGUGGAGUCUUGCAAAGCCACUCCGGAUGACAGCGCCAGCAGCAGUCUCUUCUACGACCUCAUCAAAGACGGGUGUCUAAAGGACGAGACGGUCAAGGUUUAUCCCGGGAACCUAACCCAAUUCUACUUUGAGGUCCAGGCCUUCAAAUUCACUGGGAGCUACGACCAGGUGUACCUCACCUGUACCGUCAUCCUGUGUGAGGUGGGAAACCCCAACUCUAGGUGUGGCCAGGGCUGCCUGAACAAAGCCUCGCGGAGGCGCAGACGAGAUCUCCCCAACGGAGAGACAGACAGGCACUACAUAACCCAGGGUCCUUUCCGUGUGGUCAGAGAGGCCCAGCCCAGUGCAGACCAGAAGACAGGUGCAGAGGAAAAGACAGGUGCAGCUCCUGUUGUAGAUGUGGAAGCUACACAUUUUCUCAGAUCGGACAUGGGAACCGUAGUCUUCGCCGGGCUGUUCAUCAUCACCUUGAUGCUGCUGGCUGUGGUCGUGGUCUAUUCUUUGAAGAAGAGCAGAGCUGAAGAACACAAGGCUCUCAUUGCAUAUGAUUAGAGAAAUGUAACUGGAUUUGUGCUUGACCAGGGUCAUGUGACUGAACGCACUUCUGGUUUACCAAAAGUACACCUUUCUUUUAGUUUUACUUUAAACAACAAAUGAACACUAGUUUACAUACUGAAUACGGGAACAUUAACUACACAGAUUAACACUAGUUUACAUACUGAAUACGGGAACAUUACUACACAAAUGAACACUAGUUUACAUACUGAAUACGGGAACAUUAACUAAACAAAUGAACACUAGUUUACAUACUGAAUACGGGAACAUUAACUAAACAAAUGAACACUAGUUUACAUACUGAAUACGGUAACAUUACUACACAAAUUAACACUAGUUUAGAUACUGAAUACGGGAACAUUAACUACACAAAUAAACACUAGUUUAGAUACUGAAUACGGGAACAUUAACUACACAAAUGAACACUAGUUUAGAGACUGAAUACGGGAACAUUAACUACACAAAUGAACACUAGUUUAGAGACUGAAUACGGGAACAUUAACUACACAAAUGAACACUAGUUUACAUACUGAAUACGGGAACAUUAACUACACAAAUGAACACUAGUUUACAUACUGAAUAUGUGAACAUUAACUACACAAAUUAACACUAGUUUACAUACUGAAUACGGUAACAUUACGACACAAAUGUAGUUGGUUCAUUCUUAUUCACUUUUCUGUGAUAUACAAAUUUGGAUCAACUGUUUGAUACUCCUGAAUCAAGAAAGUGGAAGAAAUGUUGUUGUUGUUGAGAAUCCUGUUAUGCAAAUAAGUCUGUAUUGAUUAAAUACAUUUUCGGCAGAAGUCCUCUUUUACUGUUCUCUGCCUCAUCACUCAUUCAAACCUGAUUACCUGCUUUAAAGGGGCAAUCAUUUUAUGACUAAUAAAUUAAUGAUAUUUAUUGAUUCUUGAAUAUUUAUAAAUUCCUCAUGAGUUUAGUUCAAGUGUUGUACCCCUAUCAGAACCCCAAAUAUAUGCUUGUUUUACUUCAAUGUUUGUAAACAAAGUAAAUAUAAACAAACUAUAUAGCCUCAAAACAUGUUUCUCAGCUAUGGAUCCUUGCAUCUAUAGCUCCGUCUAUGAAUUUGAGGGUGGUUACAUUUCUCCAGCCCUGUCCCU